UAUUAUUAUUAUUAUUUGAGAAAGAGUUUACCAAAACUAGAGUCAGUAGUUGAGAAAGAGAGAAACGAUCAUCGGUAUCUGGAAAUCGAGCGAGCAAAAGAUGAUGGCGAAAUUGAAGAUUGCUGGGACAUGGUCAGGUGUAUUAGAAGAAGUGAAUUUAGAGAAUUGGACCAUAUCUUGUUUACGUGAAGAAGUUGCUAAAAGAUCAAAUUGCGAAAACCCUCACUUCAUCAACCUCAUAUGUGCCGGUAGAAUUCUCAAAGAUGACGAUGACCACCACCACCACAAUGGAACCCUAACUUUGUCUCAAUUGGGUGUCAAAAACAACUCCAAGAUUCUCGCUACUCUCUCAUCUCCUCAACAAGGUCACUCCCUUGUUGUCCAAGAACAAAGCUCUCAGAGGCUUGCACGUAUUAGGGCUGCUGCGACUGCAUUGGCUGAACGGCAUGCAGAUGGUUCAUUACCUCUGGAAGACUUUAGCAUAGAAGUUGAAGAUCAAAGUGGACAGAAAGUACGCUUAGGAUCAGAGAUUGAUCAGAGGGCAGUAAUGAUGGGACUCAUGCUUCAUGCAAAGGGGAAGCAUCUUAUCAAAGGGGGAAAUUACAAAGAUGCACUUGAAGUGCUUACUAUGGGAGAGGAGUCAUUCUCUAUUUGUGAUCCUAAAGUCAUUGAGGUGAGUAGUCCAAUUUAUAGACUAUAUUUGCAUUUUGGCAUAUAACAGAAUUUACCUGCC